AUGUCGCGAGCGAUUCGUAGCGUUUUUCAGAGUCCUUUAAUAAUAAAUCAUACAACCCUACAGACAAGAAUCCUUCGUAAUUAUCAAACGGAAAAAUUAUCCAAAGGAGAAAAGUAUCUCUUUGAUAAGUUACAUUCGAAAUUUAAACCUACUCGAUUACACGUGGAAGACAUAUCAGGAGGAUGCGGAUCAAUGUACGCAAUCGAAAUUUCUUCAGAAACGUUUAAGGGACUCUCUGUGAUUAAACAGCAUCGAAUGCUUAAGACUUCAGCAGAUUAG